AAAAUGAUGAAUUGGGACAGUGUAAUGAUACUGUGGAAAUAGUCAAUACCAUUCAGCAUCCUGUUAUUGAGGGUCAGAGACUUACAUUUAUGCCUGAUGUUCCACAUGUUUUGAAGAAUAUCAGGAAUCAUCUGACUCGUGGACAAAAUUUUUCAUCCCACAGUAUGCCAUUGCUGAGUGCAAUUUACCUACAAAUGCAGUCACAAUAAAUCACAUCAAAAAGCUGGUUAAUUAUGAUUCUUUGCAUAAUCUAAAGAUUGCACCACACCUGAAUGAAAAAUGCUGUGAUCCUGGGCAUUUUGAAAAAAUGAAAGUGAGCAUGGCUAAGAAUCUACUAUCCAGAAAAACUGGGGCAGCCAUUCACUUUCUUAUUCAGGAAAAAGUCCUGCCCAAGAAUGGCACAACUACAGCAUGGUUUUGUGAUCAAGUUGGUCUGUGGUACAACCUGAUGACAUCACGUUCUUCAACAAUGGGUUUCAGUCUCUACACACAUGAAAAACAUACAGAAGUUGUAUCUUUCCUUGAAUCAAUUAUUAAACUUUUUACCCAAUUGAAAAUAGGAUCAGAAUCAAAUGCCAAAUGGAGGCCUGCGCAAACAGGAACAAUUCUAGCAACCAAAACCAUUCUUGAACUUCAGAACUGCUUCAUUUUGGAAAAACAAUACAAGUUCCUUCAGACCAGCUGCUUCACACAAGAUUGCACCCUUGCUGACCAGAGUCGGCCAAAGAUCGUAUUUUCACGUAAAGUUUGCACUAAUAUUGAGCUGUACAGUUUUCUGGGAGAGGUCUCACUGGUCCCGUGUUCAUCAACAGCCACCGUCAGAAAAAUUAAAAAACAUGAAACUCUCGUCAAAUGUUAAUGGUAUUUAAUGAUUAUGAUUUAUCAUUAUCUUAGACUUGAAAACAGUGCACACUCAGAACAACUAAAAAUCAUAAAUUUGUAUUGAUAGAUAAGAAUCCAGUCACAUCAACUGGUGCUCGGUUGACAUCGGAAAUUACAGGUAAAAUCGACACUUUAUUUACCAUGGAUUGCAUGUU